AUGGGAUACUAUGAAACGGCUGAGACCAAACGGCUUUUGCGCAGUUGUGAUCAUCUGCAUGUCACAGAUCAGCUGCACGAGGCCUCUAUACGGGGUAGUCCGUAUUCGACCGCCCUACGGUUAUAUUGUCAACGUUCCAAGAUCCCGGAUACUCCCUACUGGUCCAUAACCGGUCGACAUGAUAUGUUUUGUGGUAUUUACAAUUCGACCGGGGACCGAUUUUUCAGCGGCUCACACGUUCAACUGGUCAUAUUCGGAGAGGACGAGAGAAAUCCGAGGCACACGAUGAUCAUCGGUGACACAUUUGACCCCAGUGAUUCCGUUGAUUCGACCGGUGUGUUAAAAACGUUCGCUGUUUGUUUUGCUGGAUCGGGGUCACGCAUUCUUUCCGGUCACAACGCGGGGAUUGUGCAAAUCUGCAAUAUCGGGGAUGGUCGUUGUGUGGAAACGCAAACGCGCCAUUGGAACGAAAGUUGCAAAGAUAUCAAUGCAGUGACAACGGUCGAUCCGUCCGGGAACGUGUUUCUAGCCGGUGGGGAUGACACCAACAUUCGGCACAGCUCUCGUAUUCCUCCAGGUGUGAAAACAUUUAACUUAGCAUGUGGUUGUUCCCUCCAAUUUCCUCCAAAGCUGUUUGAUUUACGGGCUUUGGAUACCGGACCGUUGGCUGUAUUCACUGGUCAUGUGGAUGGCAUCACCUAUCUGGAUUCCAAGGUGAGCACGAUGCACCCAACUGAUGACGAGUGCCUCAAUUUGGCCUGUAAGGUCCCAGGUUUGAUCCCCAGUUGGAUCGAUGGAUUAGCACUGCUGGUGACACCCAACCAACAGUGCUUCCUAGCUUUUCAGUUCGAGUUUCAUUUUCUAUAUACACGACGAAUUCACGUUUGA